AGUGUGUAUGUGUGGACUGUAGGAGGUGCCAAGGACAAUUAGCUGGAAAUGUGAAUAAUCCAUGUAUUGGGAGACGGAAUAUGCCCACGCGUUUAUACCUGCGUACUAGAGAGUCCCUACACUACUUUUUCACUGUACUCUUUCAGAGUUGGCGAAUUCGAACUGGCAGUGGAAUUACAUAAUGUAAUCGUACAAUGAUUUUGUUUUAGUGCUAAUAUUUUGUUGACAAGCAAUCUUCAAGGUAAAUUGACAGGGUUUGGAAUGUCCACCCGAACUGAAGAUGAGGACAAUCCAGCUGCACCAAUUGUUGUGGUGACUGUAGUUGGAGCAAGAGGAUAUAGAGCACCAGAAGUUUAUAAGAAACCUCUUUCUCUAUCAGUGGAUGUGUAUGCAUUAGGGGUGGUAAUUUACGAAAAUCUGACUGGCUUACCUUCCUACUCAGUAACCACAAAUCAAUGUUUGGUGGACUUUAUGAGUAAUGUGACAGUUAUGGUGGAUGGUCAUGCCAAAUGGCUGCACAAUACAGCAAGGGAUAUGGUCAAGUUGGCUAGAGAUUGUACCAACUUGGACAGUCAGAAGCGACCUUCCAUCACUAAGGUUGUUUCCAUGAUGGAGACGUUGAAGGAUCAAGCUGUUGCUUGUACCAGAAUGCAUGCAAUAGAUGUUUUGGAGACAGAAACAGACUCCGUUGGUGAUCACGAAAUUUCCUCUGAAUGUUGCAGCAGUUAUAUUGAUGAAGAAGAGAAUGCGUGUGACACUGUGUUGGCAGGUCAUCAAAAUUACAGUUUAUCAAUCUUGCCUCAGAUGCCCGUUGCGUUGGCCUGUGGAUAUUGCUGAUUCGAAUAACAGUCACC